AUGGGUUCCGACGACCUCAUCGACUUCGAGGUUAUCGAAAACCAAAAGGAAAACAUCCAGUCCCUCCCCAGCGGACGCUCCGCCAGAGCACUCGCACAGCUGUACACGCCGCCAUUGACUUCCGCCCCUGGUCAAACGGCAUCGCCGUCGCAAAUGGAGGAUGCGAACAGCGCGGCCCGCCUAAAGUUUGAGAAGGAGCUCAUGGCCAUUGACGACUCCGACGACCCCCUCGAUGUCUACGACCGCUACGUCAAGUGGACGCUAGAUGCAUACCCCUCGGCACAAAACACGCCCCAGUCAAAACUCUGUCCGCUGCUCGAGCGCGCUACGAAGGCGUUUCAGUCAUCGCCACAGUACAAGAACGACGCGCGCUACCUCAAGCUAUGGCUGCACUACAUCCACCUCUUCUCCGAUGCGCCGCGCGAGACAUUUGCAUACCUCGCACGACACAACAUUGGCGAGCAACUUGCGCUAUUCUAUGAGGAGUUCGCCGCUUGGCUAGAAGGAGCCGGUCGCUUUACACAGGCAGAGGAGAUAUACAACUUGGGAAUUGAGCGCCAGGCCCGCCCAGUCGAGCGCUUGAUCCGCAAAUAUGGCGAAUUCCAGCACCGCUUCGAGAGCCGUCCGCAACAGGUGCCUGAGCCGACCAGCCCCGCAUUGCCUGCUGUUCGGCCAGCCCUUGCGGCCAAGACGGAUCCGUUCGCGGCUGCUUCAACAAGCCCAGCACCACAAGCGCAAGCUCAGCCAAAACCUGCUGCGGGCGCAUCUCGUUCCGGCAAGGCGAAGCUGGCCAUCUUCUCUGACGGCGACGAUGCGGCGACACCCAGCUCCAAGGGCAGCAUUGAGGGGUGGGACAACAUUGGAUCGCUCGCAGACCGCAAGAAGGAAAACACCACGGAGGCGCGGCCUUGGGCUGGCGAGACUCUCAAGGUUGGCAAGAAGAACACGGGCGUUCCGAAGAUGCAAAUCUUCAAGGAUGAGUCUAAGCCCGCGCCUUUAGCGCCCAAACAAGAGCCCGAGCAGCUCCCUAAGCCCAAGACCGUGCCUUUGAAGGGCAGUGUGGACGAUGACAUGGGCAACGACGAGAACGCGCCACCUUCACAGGCUGAUGUGGAUAAAGCAAAGGCUGCGAAGAGGGCCAGACGUGAGGAACGUGCCAACAGGACGAGGAAGAUCAAGGUCAUGGAAGUCAAAGAGGUCCGCGGGGAGACACAGACGAUUCAAGCGAACUUAGAUUCUCCUGCAAAACCAAAGAUACGGAGAAAGAAGACUGGUCCAGAACAAACCAUGACUCUGCAUACCAAGGAAGCUAUGGAUGAGAUCUACGAUAUCUUCAACGAGCCACUGAAGAACGCAGACGAAAACGUAUCGGAAGUUCAGAGUGGUGAGGAGAGUACUGAAGACGAUGAAGACGACUAUACGAGUGAGGCUGAAAGUACGGCUACUGGCCGCAUGUCUUGCGCUGGGAGCGAGUUCGGUGACGAGACCACGGUUGGUGGUGACUUCACGCUUGGGACCAGAGUGCUCAAUACCGAAGAUGACGAUGACGAUGACGAUGACGAUGACGAUGAAGAUGAGGAAGAAGACGAGAACGAUAACAACAACGAUAAUGAAGACGCUAGUAGUGGGGAUGACACUGACGUCAAGAGUGCUUCUGCAUGGUCUGACUUUACUGAGAGCAAACAUGUACCAAGAGAUGAACAAGAUGGAUCAGGCGACGAGUCGGAGCAUUCUAAUCAAUCUCAGGAUGAGUCUUUUGACGAAAUAUCACUUGCAGAUAUUCAUUCGGACGAGCAGCAAGAUCGGGAAGUGGUCACUCCUACAUCGCCCUCAGGACCAACCUCGUUACCCACUCGCUUUGUUCCUGUUCCGCCCGAGGACUACAAUCCAGCCAUGCGGCCCUAUAGAGACCCAGUCCAAGCUGCAAACAAUCGACUGCCUUUCAUGACACCUAUUGUAGAGAAGACCGAGUCGUCAUUAGGAAUCGCCACUGGUCAUACACAAAAGGACUACUGCCCAGCGAAGACACCUUCUCGGUCAAAAGGUACGCUUGCCAUCCUUGAGGAUGAUGACGAGACUUGCAGCAGUCCUUUUGCAGACCUCCUGUCACAAGUUAUUGACGGUCCAGGGAAAGUCGCAAAGUUGGCUUUGACUGAAUCGAAACCCGUAGCGCAAGACCCCAAGACCGAGCCGCAACGGAAAGUAUUAGCCACCAAAGACGUCCCAGCCAAAGUGCAAAAGCUCGAUGGCCCGAUCAUCAAGGAUACGCAGUGCAAUCCUGUAGAUGAAAGUAUUCGUAAGAUCAUCCUACAAGAGAUUCAACCACCGCUCGACAGCUACGAUGGCUAUUAUGCGGACACUGAGGAGUGCUAUGGAAAGGGCGCCGAUAUCCGCAAAUACACGAAAUCGGUUAAGGGCAAGAGUGCGACCGAAAAGACUAUGGCAAAUCCUUGCUGUUGUCCUACACUGAAAUUUCCUGGCACAGACCGAACGUAUACUAUCAAACGAGAGCUCGGCAAAGGGGCUUUUGCUCCGGUGUAUCUCGUCGAAAGCAAGGAUACUGAUGAUGAGGAUGAAAACAAGCCUUCGCAGAUGGGAAAAGGCGAGUUUGGUCUGAAGCGCAAGGAUCUAGAGGCGAUCAAGAUGGAAGAUCCGCCAACACCAUGGGAGUUUUACAUCAUGCGACAAGCCAAGCGACGACUAGGUGUCUCUCGAGCAGCUGACUCUAUUGUUCACGCAUAUGAGAUGCACGUGUUCAAAGACGAGUGUUACCUGGUUGAGGAAUUCCGGGAUCAAGGCACACUCCUCGACUUGGUGAACCUCGCACGAGCAGAGAACGGGGUGAUGGACGAGCAGCUUGCCAUGUUCUUUACCAUCGAGCUAUUCCGCACAGUCGAGGCGCUGCACGCCAAGGGCGUAAUACACGGUGAUCUCAAGUCAGACAACAUUCUCGUCCGUUUCGACAGUCUACAAAAAGACGAACACUGGGACUCUGAGUACAAGCGCGAUGGACGCGACGGUUGGUCUGCCAAAGGUAUCUCGCUCAUCGACUUUGGCCGCGGCAUCGACAUGAAAGCGUUCAAGCCCGACGUGCAGUUCAUUGCUGACUGGCCCACGACCGAAGCCGACUGCGCGGAGAUGCGCGAGCUGCGUCCCUGGACUUACCAGAUCGACUACUAUGGCCUCGCCGGCAUAGUCCACAACCUCUUGUUCGGCAAGUAUAUUUCUACAGUCGCUGAGCGCGGCGCGACUCUCGGUGCGGGUGCGACCAAGACGUACAAGAUUAAGGAGAGCCUGAAGAGAUACUGGCAAACUGAGAUUUGGCACGAGUGUCUGGAUCUGCUGCUGAAUCCGCUGAUGCAUCUUGAGGGCGAGGAAGAGGGGAAGCUGCCCGUGUUGAAGGGGAUGAGGGAGGUGAGGGAGAAGAUGGAGACGUGGCUUGAGGGUAAUUGUGAGAAGGGUGUUGGUCUCAAAGCGCUCGUUAGGAGGAUGGAGGAGGCCGUGAAGCGGAGAUGA